GUGCUUUAAUUUAUAGAAAGACAAGUAUAUAAAUUAACGGCUGUGAUUCACCUGGCUGCCUUUCUUUUACUUUCUCCUUUUGAUGGACCAAGCUGAACUAACCUGAAAGUUUUUCUCCACUCUCUCAAACUCACUUUUCAUUUCUUCUUUCUUCUUCCCCCAAAAAGCGGGUUUUAUUCAGGGUCUGAUAACUUGGAUUGUAGAAGCUAACUUGUGAAGAAAUUUUGUGACUUUUUGUGGAAAUCACUUUUGGGAGAUUGGGUUCAGGCGUUUUUGAGUUGAAGUUUUAUCAGGGGUAUUUCCAAAAAUAGAUGAUUAUGGACCCAAGUUCAAGGGUGUUCUCAACUUCUGUGAAUGGGAUCCAAUUGAGCAAUCAACCCUUACCAGUUUUUCCAAAUCAGAAUCUUGUUGGUGGAAGAUUGGACAAUGGUAUCUUUGUAGAUCAUAAUUUUAGGGAUUAUCAGUACUAUCAACCCAAUUCAUCGUCGAAUAAUGUUGCCUCAGUUUCAAGUGUAAAUCAUGAGGAAGACUCCCCGGAAGACUGUGAUUUUUCAGAUGCAGUCUUGAGAUACAUAAACCAGAUGCUUAUGGAAGAAGAUAUGGAGGAUAAGACUUACAUGCUUCAAGAGUCUUUGGAUCUUCAGGCCGCUGAGAAAUCGUUCUAUGAUGUUCUUGGCAAGAAGUACCCUCCUUCCCCUGACCAAAAUUUUUCUUAUAUUGAGCGGAAUGAGGAGAUUCAGGAUAGCUAUACCUUUAGAAAUUCCCAUAAUUGUAUUAAUGGUGGUAGCGAUGUGAAUAAUUACCUUGUUGAUAGUAGUUGGAUUCAGAAUCCAGGUGAAUAUUUUAUGCCUGAAUUACAAACUCAUCCACUUUCUAGCAUAUCUCAGUCAUCUUAUAGUUCUUCAAAUAGUGUAAUCACAAGUGUGGAUGGACUGGUGGAUUCUCCAAGCAGUAUCCUUCAGAUCGCCGAUUGGAAUAAUGAGAGCCAAUCCAUAUGGCAAUUCCGGAGGGGCGUUGAGGAGGCUAGUAAAUUUCUACCGAAUGAAAAUGAGUUAUUUGUUAAUUUUGAGGUUAAUCGACUGCUAUCUCAUCAGCCGAAGGGAGGCUCUAGUGAAGUGGCAGUAAAGGUGGAGAAAAAUGAUGGGGAAGAUUGCUCACCAAAUGGAUCAAGGGGAAAGAAGAAUCUUUACAGAGAGGAUACAGAUUUAGAAGAAGAGAGGAGCAGCAAGCUGGCAGCAGUUUAUCUAGAAUCCCCAUUGCGAUCAGCGAUGUUUGAUAUGGUGUUGCUUUGUAGUUUAGGCAAAGCUCACCCGAUGACAGCUCGUCGUGAAGCCUUUAAGAAUGCAUCAAAAAAAAGUGUGCAGCAGAAUGGACAAUCAAAAGGAUCUAAUGGUGGAAAGGGUCGUGGUAAGAAACAAAGUGAGAAAAAAGAGGUGGUGGAUUUGAGAACUCUCCUGAUUCAUUGUGCACAAGCUGUUGCUGCUGAUGAUCGAAGGAAUGCAAAUGAAUUGCUGAAGCAGAUAAGGCAGCAUUCUUCUCCUUUUGGGGAUGGAAAUCAAAGAUUGGCUCAAUGCUUUGCAGAUGGCCUCGAGGCACGCUUGGCAGGGACGGGUAGCCAGAUUUACAAAGGCCUUGUUAGUAAGAGAACAUCAGCUGCUGAUAUAUUGAAAGCUUAUUACCUGUAUCUUGCUUGCUGCCCUUUCAGAAAGAUCUCCAAUUUUACCGCAAACAAGACAAUAAGGAACUUGGCAGAAAACUCAACAAGACUUCAUAUCAUAGACUUUGGUAUUCUUUAUGGUUUCCAGUGGCCCACCUUUUUGCAGCGGAUUUCUAUGAGACCUGGUGGACCUCCAAAGCUUCGGAUUACUGGAAUAGAAUUUCCCCAACCUGGUUUUCGGCCAGCAGAGGGAGUUGAGGAAACAGGACGUCGCUUAGUGGAAUAUGCUAAGGAAUUCAAGGUGCCUUUUGAGUACCAUGCUAUAGCAAAAAAAUGGGACUGCGUUCAACCUGAGGAUCUCAAAAUUGAUAGGGACGAAUUCCUGGUUGUUAAUUGCUUGUAUCGAGGUAAGAACUUGCUUGAUGAAACUGUUGCAGUGGAUAGUGCAAGAAAUAUUUUUCUCAACUUGAUAAAGAAGAUUAAUCCGGAUGUUUUCAUCCAUGGGAUUGUCAACGGGGCCUACAAUGCACCUUUCUUUGUAACCCGGUUCCGAGAGGCUCUGUUUCAUUUCUCUGCAAUGUUUGAUAUACUUGAAACUAUUGUACCCUGUGAAGAUCGUGAGAGGAUGCUGAUUGAGAAAGAGAUCUUUGGCCGGGAGGCCUUGAAUGUUAUAGCUUGUGAGGGCUGGGAGAGAGUUGAGAGGCCAGAGACUUACAAGCAGUGGCAAGUCCGAAACCUUAGGGCUGGGUUUGUUCAGAUUCCUUUAGAACGGGAGAUAGUGACGGGGGCAAUACAAAGAGUGAGAUCCUUUUACCAUAAAGAUUUUAUAAUUGAUGAAGACAGCCGGUGGCUUUUGCAAGGAUGGAAGGGAAGAAUCAUCUAUGCACUUUCUGCUUGGAAACCUGCGUAGUGAUCUUGCAUUUGUGAUAACUUGAGCCUGGAUUCGGUCUCUCACUUUUAUGUUGCUCUAAGUGAGAAAAUAUGACAACCUCAGGUAAGAUUUUCUCUUCUGUUCUCAUUUUAAGUCAUUCAGUCUAUCUUAUGUUACUGUAAAACAAGAUGAGUAAUUUUUUGUAUACUGGCAGGUAUAUGUGGUGGCUGGAUAUUAAAGUACUGAAAAAAUAAAGUUUUCCUAGUUCACUUCUACACAGUUGGAGAACCAGAACAUGUAUAAUUUUCUUACUGAUAAUGUUGUGUUUUGGCUGAGCUCAAUCACUGUUAACUUAGUAAGCUCAAGUGUAAAAAAUGCACGCUAUCAUUUUCCAAAUUAACAUGUAGAGGAAAUUGUAUGACAGAAUUUUAUAUGAAGCUCAACUUCUUCUCAAAUUCUCAAUUGUUAUUCCAGGAGCUGUGUAUGUACUGAACCCCUUUUAUCUUUGUAAU